CUAGGAAAUCGGACUUGCGAAUUCGAUCUGUGUCAAUAACCUUCAACUCCAGACAGACAUUCACAAUGGCCGCCGAAAGAUCGAACGUUUCCAGCGACCUCGUUUGGCAGCUCACCCGUAACCAAAACGCUUAUUUGGUCAAGCGUAACACCCACGGUGGUGUUCAAUUCUCGCGCGACCCUCUCAAUGUGCUGAACAAACACUCUUUCAAGUACGCUGGUUACUCCAACACCAAGGCCAUUGGCGUCCAGGCCACUGAGAACGGUGGUGUUGUCACCAUCACCAAGAAGCCCGGCACCUCCCAGCAGCCUGCUAAGAGCCUGGCUGUUGUGACCUACGGCCCUGGAGCUUCCAACCGCAAAAUCUACAAGGGUGUCGCUGACCGGACUGCUAAGAAUGGCUACCGUGCUGACCUCCGUCAAGAGGCUGUUUCCCGUGUGAGCGCUAUCCGCCGCUCCCAGAAGGCCAAGAAGGAGACCCCUGCCAGGAAGCCUCGCGGUGCUCAAGCCAGGAAGGCUGCCGAGCAGGAGUCCGCGUGAAUCAGUGCGGCUGGGUUGAGGGAUUGAGAAUAUGACUUUGCGAGUCCGACACACUGGCGCAAUGCCGUCUAGCGGGAAGUGACGUCCAUGUAUUUUAGCAAGAAUUGCUAUUGAUUCACUCCGCGACGAUUGGCCCCGUAGUUGGGACCGGGGAAAGGGAGGGGAAAAAUAAAUAACAGAAAACCCCUUUCGAAAGCAGGAAGUAUCAGAAAUGCUGUUA